AUUUUGAUUUAUGGCUGCAGUGCGAAUCGAGACGUAAUCGAAACCUCGAGAGCUUCGAAUCGAGAGUGCAUCACGAAAUACACUCUCACAAAUAUUUAAACGUGAUAAAGAAUUCCCCGACGAUAAUUAAUGAACAGCGAGACGACGCAGUUUACACAAAGAUAAUAUUAUAGCAUAAUUACAAGAGAGACGUUAUUGUUGAAGAAAGAUCACGCAAAGCGAUCGAUUAUUAUUAUAACGAAACGUCAGUCUGUGUCAAUCAGCGAGAAAGAGCCUCACGUUUCCGAUUUGCUUCAUCUAUCAUCUUAAAUGAUGCGAGAAUGGAUGCACAAGAUAAUUCGUCGAGCAAAACUCGCGAAAGGAUGUGUUAUUAUCAGCCUUGGGGCUCGAUAGAGGAUGGCCGGAUAGAAUUCGAAACUUUAACAGACGAGACCUUGCAGGGUGCUCUUGACGUGAUAAGGAAGAGCUUCUGCGUCCAUGAGUCGGUGUGUAAAGCCGUAGAGUUGAUGUCUGAACCAGGGGCAUCCGAGGAACUCAUAGAACUUUGUCUAAACGCGGCCAAGGACGGUGUCACUGUAGUGGCUAUCGAUAUUAUCACGAACGAGGUUGUUGGCGUCUGCUUUAAUAAACUUCAAGUAUACAGUGACAGCUCGGAGAAGAGUUUCUUUGAGCAAUUCCGCGACAAUUGCAAAUAUGAGUCGUCCAAGUAUUUGAUGAACUUAAUGAUAGACGUGGACUCGAGGAUAAAUCUUUUCAAGCAUUACAAUGUCCAUUGUAUCCUCGAGCUCAUGUUCUUGGCGACUCUUCCUGCCUAUGGAAAACGAGGAAUAGGUGAGUCGUUAAUCGCCUCAUCAUUAGCGCUCGGCAAAGAACUGAGACGCGACAAAAUCAAGAAGAUACCCAUCACGAUAAAUGGCAACAACGAGUUGACAAACGCCGACAAGGUGCCGACCUUGGCUUCCGCGAUCAUGACGUCCAGUUACUCGCAACGAAUCGCCACAAAACUCCACUUCAAUCAGUUGAUUGAAGUUUCCUACGACGAGUUUGAAUUCAAUGGUAAAAAGUUUAGCGAGAAACUAGAAAAAGAGAAACAGAAAAAGUGCACCUUAGUGGCCAAGAUAAUACACGCAGUAUAGUUGUUCAUCGUGCAAUUUUGGCGUUUCCGCAAACAAAAAUUACAGAUUUAUGAACGACGUCUUUGCAUUCUGACUAUAUCCCUAACUCUCACUAUCAGAUUUUCAUGUUACACAUUUAAAAAAAUUAUAAUAUAGUAUAUCAACAUAUAAUAUAUAAUAAUAUCCAUUUAUCAUGUUUAUAUAUAUGUAAUAUAAUUUCGUAAGUACAUAGUAGAUAUAGUAAGAUCUAAUUUUAUGUAAGCUUUCAAAGUUAUAUAUAUGCAAUAGAAAAAUUAAAGAAGCGCGUAAGUCAUUCUUCUGCACCUUCAGAAUGCAUGGAACAGUCAAUGAAUGAUUUAUAAUUUCACAUUGUUUGUCGAAGAAAUAUCUUGUAGCAAAAUAAACUAAUAAUGUCAGAGCGCAAACAACA